UUUUUCUAUCACCACCGUCACAGAUUUUCUAUCGCGCUGCCCUCUUCCUCUCCGCCGCCACCCAUCCCUCCUCCCAUCUCCCUUUAUUAGUUCAGGUCCGCUGUCCUCUUCGUCCCUACCGCCACCCAUCCCUCCUUCCAUCUCCCUCGAUUAGUCCUCUGGGGCUUCCUCUUCAGCUCCCUUUUCGUUCCAGCGUCGAUGGCUUCUCCAGCGAUCUCCCUUUUUCAGAUUCAAGGUGGGUGUUCCCUUCAAGCGUUCCUUCCGCUGAUCGACAAGCCUUAAAGCUUGCUAGCACUUUUGAAAUCUUUUUCUAGUAGGAGUUGACUCAUCAUUUGCAUUGGUUCAUGAGCAUGAGGGAGAGUGGGAGGCUUGUCAUUGCGGAUUUGGCUUUCUAAGAUGUCAAGGUUGAAGGUUGUGGAUCUUAAGGUGAAUUGUUUCUUAAGCAAGCUUAUCAAUGUGGCAGUUCCAAGGACCAUUGAUGAACGAGCAAUCAAUACAAAAAGAAUACUCAAUCCAUGGGAAAGGAAUGAAAAUCACACACUUUGCCUCAACUCUGCUAAAGCAAUUGAAUGUACAGUGGUUAACAUUGGCACUCAAGACUUCAUUGAAGGAAGAGACAAUAUAGUGCACUUUGCCCACCCCUACUGAAAAGCUGAACUGAAGAGGAUGCUUAAAGAAUUGAAGCACUUAAGAGACACAGAGACAACCAAUACAUAGCCUACGUGUUCGACUAAAUGCUUCAACAAUUUCUGUUGUCACUUAUCUCCACUGUUAACGUAGCCUAGGUGUUUGAUUAAAUGCUUCUGUUCUGUGUGCUCCAAUUUAGGCUGGACAGAGAAAUCAGGACUAAAUCGAGCUUCAAUAGGCUGGAAGCUUGAAAUGAGAAACUGAAUUGGUUAGAUCAUCAUUUGUCUGAUUGAAGUGCAUCUGUUGAUAUGAGUUUAGAAUUUGCAAACAUACAUUGAAAGAUGAUGGAUGCAGUACUAUGGCUUGGAAUUUCUUUAGCUUAUCUCCCCUUACUACAAAAUACCGAAAGGUUACAACUUCUGAAAUACCCACAUGCUUGGUGCUCAAGGGUGUCAAAUAUAUUUGUUCUUCAUCAGCUAUUUAUCUUGAACAUUUUAUUAACCGUGAUCGUAGUGUCAAUUCAGACUCUUUUUAUGCCUCUCUUAUUGAUAAUUCUACGCACAAGAGACACCUUGAUCAGAUACAUAGCCGGUUACUUGUCUCGGGGCUGCAACAUAAUGGGUUUCUCAUGACAAAACUGGUUAAUGGGAGCUCGAAUCUUGCGCAGAUUUGUUAUGCUCGCAAGCUGUUUGAUGGAUUUUGCUUCCCUGACGUUUUUAUGUGGAAUGCUAUCAUUAGGAGUUAUUCGAGGAACAAUAUGUUCAGGGACACCAUUGAUAUGUACAGGUGGAUGAGAUUGACUGGAGUCCAUCCAGAUGGAUUCACUUUUCCUUAUGUACUUAAAGCUUGUACUGAGUUAUUGGAUUUUGGUUUGAGUUGCCUAAUUCAUGGACAGAUAAUCAGAUAUGGAUUUGGGUCGGAUGUGUUUGUGCAGAAUGGCCUUGUGGCACUGUAUGCUAAAUGUGGUCGUGUUAGUGUGGCAAAAGUGGUGUUUGAUGGGUUAUACCAUAGAACGAUUGUUUCAUGGACUUCCAUCAUUUCUGGAUAUGCGCAGAACGGGGAAUCUAUGGAAGCAUUGCGAAUGUUCAGUCAGAUGAGAAAUGCUGAUGUGAAACCAGAUUGGAUUGCUCUGGUAAGCAUUCUGAGGGCUUAUACCGAUGUAGAUGAUUUGGAGCAAGGGAGAUCUCUUCAUGGUUGUAUCAUCAAGAUAGGUCUUGAAGACGAGCCUGAUUUGCUUAUCUCGCUUACUGCUUUAUAUGCUAAAUGUGGGAUGGUGAUGGUUGCAAGAUCUUUCUUUGAUCAAAUGAAGACACCAAAUUUGAUUAUGUGGAACGCAAUGAUAUCUGGCUAUGCAAAGAAUGGCCAUGCUGAGGAAGCGGUGCACCUAUUUCGUGACAUGAUCUCAAGAAAUAUUAAACCAGAUUCUGUCACUGUGAGAUCUGCAGUUUUAGCUAGUGCACAUCUUGGUUCCCUCAAAUUAGCACAAUGGAUGGAUGAUUAUGUGAGCAACAGUAACUUUGGAAGUUGCAUUUUUGUUAAUACCGCCCUCAUUGAUAUGUAUGCAAAAUGUGGAAGUGUAGAAUCUGCUCGCAUGGUAUUUGAUCGUAACUCAGAUAAGGAUGUUGUUAUGUGGAGUGCCAUGAUUAUGGGAUAUGGCUUGCAUGGUCAAGGAUGGGAAGCCAUUAAUCUUUACACUACAAUGAAGCAAGCGAGUGUAUUCCCAAAUGAUGUUACCUUUGUUGGGCUUCUCAAUGCUUGCAAUCAUUCUGGCCUCCUAAAAGAGGGGUGGAAGCUAUUCCAUUCCAUGAAAGACUUUGAGAUUGAGCCUCGCAAUGAGCAUUAUUCUUGUGUUGUUGAUCUCUUGGGACGAGCAGGUUAUCUGGGUCAGGCUUGUGCAUUUAUAAUGAAAAUGCCCAUUGAACCUGGCGUAAGUGUAUGGGGAGCACUUCUGAGUGCAUGCAAGAUCCAUCGUUGUGUAACAUUGGGAGAAUAUGCUGCAAAGAAGCUAUUCUCAUUGGAUCCAUAUAAUACAGGGCAUUAUGUACAACUCUCUAAUCUAUAUGCUUCCUCCCGCUUAUGGGAUCGUGUUGCACAUAUUCGAGUUCUAAUGAAGGAGAGAGGACUGAAUAAGGACCUUGGCUAUAGUGUAAUUGAAAUAAAUGGGAAGCUGCAGGCAUUUCAUGUGGGUGACAUGUCACACCCAAUGGCUAAUGAAAUAUUCAAUGAGCUUCAGAUAUUAGAACGAAGGUUGAAGGAGAUGGGGUUUGUUCCACAUACAGAAUCGGUUUUGCAUGAUCUGAAUUACGAAGAGAAGGAAGAGAAUCUUAGUUUUCAUAGUGAGAGGAUAGCCGUUGCUUAUGGGCUUAUUAGUACUGCUCCUGGAACUACACUUCGAAUAACAAAGAAUCUUCGAGCAUGUGUGAACUGUCACUCUGCAAUAAAGCUUAUAUCAAAGCUUGUUGAAAGGGAAAUAAUUGUGAGGGAUGCAAAUCGGUUUCAUCAUUUUAAGGAUGGUUUGUGUUCAUGCCGCGACUAUUGGUAAGAAGAAUGGCUCAACCUCAAACUAGAAUCCGAGUUAGCUGGCAGUUCACCAUAGAAGUUUUGUUCUUGCUAGUUUUAUCACAUACCAACUGAUUUUGGAAUCUUGUGAGUACCUUUUCCUAAAUAUCAUCACAGACAACAUUAACAUUUUGAUAAUCAAUUGCUGCUUUAGAAUGUAGUUGUCUCUGCUCAUAUAUAUCUACAAGAGCUGAUACUUCCUUA